AAUAAUUAGACUUGCAUUUCAAUGUUUUUAUCAUGUUAGCAACAUGUUUUAUGCCUACCCACUACACUACGUUCUACUUACUAUUUACCUAGGUAGCCUAUGGCGCUUGGUCAACAAUCGGUUGGACGCAGGCCAGUUUUCUUUUAUACUGAAGAACGACGAAGGCAGAUGGCAGAAGCUGCAGAAAAGCGAUUGAAGGCUCAGGAAGGCCGUGGGUUGAAAGAUCCUGAAGCCUUAAAGCAAAGACAAAAACGACAGGAGGAGCUAGAACAGAAGGAGAAACAGCUGGAAAGUGCUAGCGAAGGUGGACUUCGGUGGCAAGUCAAUUAACAUCUAUUGACACCAGAAGAGGGAUGGCUCAGGAAAUUAUAACUCCAGUAAUUUUCAGAUUCUUUAUGGUAAUAUGAUUUUAUAACCUUGUGUAGAAACACGUUUAUAUCCUGGAAAGUAUGCAAUGUUACAAGACCUCACAGGUUGACAGUAAUAACUUGAAAUAGCAAUUUCCAUUGGUGAGCAAUAUGUGCACUACUGUGUUAGUUAGACAAAGUUAAUCUUUUGCAUAUUAUUAAAAACAUAUUUUUAUAGAAAGUUAUUCCAUUUUAUCUUUAUAAAAUAUUUGUAACCAUUUAUAACUGCUGUCAGCUGAAUGUAAAACAGCAUAGUAAUACAGGACAUCUGGUAAUUGACUAUAAUACCUAAAGUAAGUAAUGUACUUUUUGUGGUGUUUGAUACUUUUAAUAGAUGAAAUGUAAAAAUAAAGUCAUGUUUUACACAUAUAAGAAAAAUUAUGACUGCUUUGCAAGAACUACAAUCAAACUGAACUUUUGUGUGGUACUUUUUUGCCAGUAUAAUGUACCUAAUCUGAUUUGUAUGUUGUCUGUCUUGUUGUAGGUUUGAAAUAACAUUAUCAUUAAAUAUUUUAUAUUAUAUUUCCAUGCAAUGUCAUAAUGUUAGGAUUUUUUCCCAUCCAGGGCUUAUACCUGUAUACCUUAUACUAUAGCCAUUUUUGGUGUUUAAAAUAGUCUUCAUAAUGCUUCAUAAUCUAGUAUAUUUUUCAUGUUAGUUCAUAAUUUUUAUAUACAGAACUACUCAUUAGAUUUUGACUCGAUAAAAAGUUAUUGCUGUGUUUUAUGAAUGACUAGAUAAAUUUUGACCUUUGGAAUUCAACAUAUGUAUCCUUUGAUCUUAGUGAAUGCAUGAUUUAUUAUGAGGUAAUUGGAAAAUUAGUUCCCAGAAGUGUGCAUUUUCAUUCAGUGCAAAGUUCUGUGGUAUAAAUGUAGAUAUGUUUAAUAUUAUCCUCCAAGACAUGAUAAUUAGUAUUUUGCAGCAAGUAUAAAUAUUACGAAACAUAUUGGGCUAGGGGCCCUGAAAAUUACCUUGAAAUAGUUUUAUUUGUGGAUAAUGUUUGAUACAAGAUAUGCUUAAUACAAGAUCUGCCAUCUCAUAUUUGAGGAGUUAUUGGGUAUGGAAAGUUUGUAAAGAUAAGUAUAUUUAUUUAAUAUAUUUGUAUAUAACAUGAUUUUGUAUAUUUGUAGAAGAUUAUAUGGAAAAAUACUGGGAGUACCAAAACACUAUUGUACAUUUGAACCAGUGACUUAUGAUACCAGUUUGUAAUAUAUAUAUUUUAGUAUAAGAAGCUAGGUACUUAAUCUUUCAGUGUCAUAUUUAAAGUAUAUUUUGUCAGGUGGCAUUCUUUCUGAAAUCUCGUGUAUUAAUUACGUAUACUUUAAAAACUCUUAUCCUUAAGGAUUUUGGUAACCUACCAUUUUUACCCUUUCAUUAACCUCUGGUUUUAAAGAGGUACAUUCACUGAUGGAAAGGUAACCUUUAUUAUGUUGAUAGUGGUUUGGCUUUGCUCUGUAACUCCAUAAUGGUUUCAGUCUAGUUUACCUGUUAUGAGAGGUCUCUAUUAAGAAAAAUUGUUGAACAAAAUAUUUUGGUUCCAACUUGGCUCUUUCAGAAUGACACUCUCCAUGGUGAGUACACUGAUUUUAAUUUUCUUUUCCAAUCUGAAAUGCAGUGAUUUCUUUUUAUCCCUUCUGUUGUCUGAAAUCUGCUAUGUACCAAGUAAAUUACAGCUUAAAGGGGAAAAUGGGAGGGGCCAGUUUAGCAGUUAAGGGAGUCCUGUGCUUAACAAUAAAAUCAUGGCUAAGGAGUGACCAAGCAGGUGUGUUGUGUGGUGCAGUGUUUAGGGUUUGUUUACCAUUUGCAAUUCCCUCAAGACCUCCUGACUUAAUUCACUGUCUAACCAUCCAAAGCUGAAUUCCACCCUUAAAGGUCACACAUUUCACAGAAAAGUUAGAUUGAGGAAAAUUUACUAAGAACUUGAAGAAUAUCUUUACAAAUGCAUUCCAGAACUGGAAAUUAAAACUAACAGUAUAUUAACUGGAGGAGACAAAGUUGUGACCCAAGCAAUGACUUUUUCAAUUUUUGUUGUUGUGGACAGUGUUCUGAUUUCAUUGAAAUGUAUUUUAUUGUUAUUUAAUAUAAGCAAUGCUAUUCUAUACACUUCUUAAUACUGAUUUGUAUUAUUCCAUUUUAAGUAGUCAUUGAGGUUAUGAUUGAUAGCUAUGUAACUGGUGGUGUCACAUGAGAUAUUACAGUUUGCCACUUUUUUUUUUUUUUUUUUUUUUAUCUUGUAACGAAUCUCUUUGUAAGAAUUGUGAUGUAAUUUGCACCUUCAUCUUUAGUACUUAAAAGGUAAUUGCAUUGACGAGAGUCCUAAUGUCUCAAUAUCAGUUGUGCAAUGAACAUUUUCUUUAGGCAGAGGUCCUAAAUUAUUAUAAAUUGAUUGAAACUUAAAAAAUGUUACCAUUCUGCCGUAGAGGGACCCAUUGCCAAGUUCACAAGUUCUUCAGAAAUAUGAAAAUAGAUGAUAUAAGAAAACUGAUUUUCAAGUAAUAUUUUUAGGUUCUGUGAAUGAGUACCUUUAUUCAUUUUGGAACAUGCACUUAAUGAUCAAUGUAAAUUUAACUUAAUGUUUGUACGUAAAUGAAAAAAAAAAAAAAUGUUUCAUUUAACUUCAUGUUUGUUGGAUUUUGUCUUUUCUAUAACAACAUUUAUUGGUCUAGAGAGAUGGAUUCCUUUUUCCAGGUAUGUUUGUAUUUUGGGUAUUCAUUAUAAGCUGUUGAAUCAUGUGGUGGGUCUAGUUACUGAAAGAAGGCAAUGGUAGCAAAUUAUAUUAGGUAGGUAGUAAGUGUAUACAAUGCACAUAAAAUAUACCUAGCUGUUUAAAAUUAAAUAAAAUUUUUGAUUGACAUUAUUUUUUCUGUAGCAUGGCAAUUUAAAUUGUUUACCAUUUAUUUGUAAGGAUUACUUUUGAUGUUUUACUAUUUAUAAUUGGUUUUGUGAUGCUAAGCAUUGUUUAGCUCAAUCAGCAACAACUCAGUGCAUGAUGCAAUGAGCAUCUGAAAUUCUGCUGCUGUCAUAUCUAUCUAAUUUAUAGACAGACUUGCAAUUAAACUGUAUUUUUCCUCACGGUAUUAAAUGUCACUAUAUCCUG